CCAAGCUCUCUCUCUCCACAGAAACGCAUAAAAGGCACGAUCCGGCCCUCUCUCGAGCACAGAAUGUCCGACAACCAGCCAGCCGGCAGCAGCGAGGACGGACUCGGUUUCAGAAUCGAAGGCUUCGGCGUUGUGAUUCUUCCUUUCUCUCUUCUCGAGCAUCUCUUACAUCUGACUCGUCUCGAGAUCGAAGCCCAGAACCGAUCCGACCACACCGUGAUUCACUCGGCGUUGUUGGGCUCCUCGGAGUUCCAUGACCUGGUCGAAGAUGGCACCAUCCCCGUGCACCCGCUGGAUCUCAUUUCUCUGUCUGAUGAUGAUGGUCAUGGGGUUGACGCUGACAACAAUGACAACGGCGGCGGCCAUAUCCCCGAUGAGGAGGUGGAAGAAGUGGGGGUAGACGACUGGGAUGAGAUGGAGGACGUGGAGGAGGUAGAGGAGGAGGAGGAGGAGGAGGAAGGUGAAGAAGAAGACGAAGUGAUGGAUGUGGCACGAGAUGAGCUGACCUGCGCCAAUGAGAUACCCACCUAUGCCAGUGUCAGCGGGCUUUGCAGUCGAACUGUCCCUACGUCCGUGAAUUUGCCUCCUGCAGCCCGCCGAGGAAGUCCUAACUGCCGGCUGUACAGCUAUGGGAACGCCGUCUUCGUCAUCUGCAACACCAGUACUUGUCAUUCUCGGCGGUUCACCGCUCAACGGCAGACUUGCAAUCGAAUCUACAACAAUUGCCGGCGGAGAUCCAAGGGUGGCUAUGUGAAGUAUAGUGGGAACGCGGGAUUUUCGUCUUUGUAUCGCGCUGGCACUACACGGCGGCCUCCGGCGUAUGCAGUGUGCUAGGCUUGCUCACUGCGAGGUCACGGUGCAGUUAUCUGAGCUACUAUAUGCAAUGCCGCUGUUGUUGUUGCUGUGUGACAGCUUCCUCACUUCUGAUCCUUUUACCUUCUUCUUACCCUUCUCU